GCCAGUAGACGCCGCUGCUGUACGAUGACGAUGGCGACCGCGCUGCCGGGACCACAUGGAGCCGCCCCGGGACCAGCAGCUGCUGCACCGGGACCGGGACCAGGACCAGGACCGUGCGGGCUGGAGAUGGAGCUGGAGCUGCUGCUGCUGCGGGGAGUCCGGGCUGGGCCGGCGGCGGGCCGGGGAGAGGAGCAGCGCGGAGCAGACUGCAACAUCAUGCUGCACCAAUUCUUCGAGGGAAACUUUGAAAGAAUACUGUUGAAUCCUAAGAUUCAGGACAUUUUCUCUGCUCAAAUGAGUGAUGAAGAAAUUAUUGAUCAUUAUUUGGAAAAUCAGAUCCUAGCAUAUCUCAGUGGGCGUUCAGAAGAUCAAAGUGAGAGGCAGCUGGUGGUGUUGCUCCUGGGCAUUGGAAGCCUACAGCUGUUUGUGCAGAGUAACUGGACUGGACCUCCCGUUCCGUUGCAAGUAGAGGAGAUUUUACCUGCGUUAUCGACUGGCAAGCCUCAAAACAUACAAGCCACUUUGUUGAAUAGCUUGAUUUUGGACGGGGAAUCAAUUUACCACCUCCUCCACAACCCCAUCCUGCUGAUGUUAGCCAGGACAAUUCUGGUGAACUGCAGGGAUAAACUGAAUCUUUUCCAGAUGUUGCCGUGGUGGACAAUGCGAUGUGUAAACAUUCACCAGCAGUUGCUGGCAGAGCGCUCCUCUCAACUCUUCACCAUCGUUCAAUGCUGUGUUGACAAAGUGCAAUCAAAUAAGACCUUUCUCUGCUCUGCGGAAUGUGGAAAUUUAGCUAUUCAGUUCCACCUGGAGUGCGGAUAUGCGCUGCUGUACUACUAUGACUAUACAAGGGCCAAGGAGAAUUUCUCUGCAGCCCAGAAAAUGGCAAGACUCUCUACAACUGUGACAGGUGCCUUGGGGAAGCGUACCCGAUUCCAGGACAGAUACUUGGCUCAGCUUAUCUUGGAUGUCCGGCGGGAAGGUGAUGCCCUUUGUCAAACUGAUCUCACGCUAACACCAACGCCUUUGGAAAACUUGCCGAAGGAUCUCGAUUUGAGUGAUGACACUUUGCUGAAUUCAAUUGAACUGGUGGAUCGAGUGGAGGACGAGGCAUUGGAUCUGAGCGCAGUAGAGCUGGCUGUAAUCCUGGCUAUCUGUGUGGAUUUUCAGAAGAACAGCCCUGUUCAUAAGCUGACUGAAGAGGAGCUAUUGGCAUUCGUCUCUUAUAUAUUGUCGCAGCCAAAGUUCUGGGCCAUUCAGGUAACUACUCUCAUGAUGAGGACAAAACUGGAGAAAGGCAAUAGUCGGCGGAUUGAGCGGGCAAUGAAGCAGACUCAGGUUCUGGCAGAUCAUUUUGAAGACAAGACCACAUCUGUGCUGGAGCGACUAAAGAUCUUCCACUGCUGUCAUGUGCCUCCACACUAUGCAGUUAAGCAACAGCUUGCCGCACUCCUGUUGGAAUUGGGAUGUGUCAGUUCAGCUCUGCAGAUCUUCGAGCAGCUAGAGAUGUGGGAAGACGUUGUAAUAUGCCAUGAAAGAAGUGGAAAACAUGGAAAGGCUGAAGAAAUUCUCCGUAGAGAACUGAAGAGGAAUGAGACUCCCACCUUAUACUGCCUCUUGGGAGAUGUGCUGAAUGACCAAAAGUGUUAUGAUAAGGCUUGGGAGUUGUCUGGGCACCGCAGUGCCAGAGCACAACGCUCCAAAGGGCUGCUCCACCUCCGCAAACAGGAGUUUGAACAGUGCGUACAAUGCUUUGAACGAUCAGUGCAGAUCAACUACUUGCAGCUUGGCGUUUGGUUUUCUUUAGGCUGCGCAUAUUUGAGCUUGGAAAACUUUGAAGGAGCGUCAAAAGCAUUUCAGAAGUGUGUGAUGUUGGAACCGGAUAAUGCAGAAGCCUGGAACAAUCUUGCCACAGCAUAUAUCCGACUAAAAGAAAAAAAUAAAGCCCUGAGAACACUCCAAGAAGCCAUUAAAUGUAACUACGAACAGUGGCAGAUCUGGGAGAACUAUGCUCUCACCUGCAUAGAUGUUGGCGAGUUUGGCGAUGCUAUUAAAUCAUAUCAUCGACUCAUGGACUUGAAAGACAAUUACAAAGAUGUUCAGGUCCUGAAAAUCCUUGUCCGAGCGGUGGAAGAAGGAAUCGCAGAUCACAAAGGGGAUUCUGCUAAACCUUUGGCAGGGAGAUUGCGGGAACUAUUCGGUCGGGUGACUUCCAAAGUAACCAACGAUGCUGAGAUUUGGAGGUUGUAUGCCAAGCUUUGUGGAGAUGGGCAUACAGUAAAACCAGAAGAUAAUGAAAAGGCCCUGCAGUAUCUCAGUAAAGCGUAUCGAUGUAAAACACAAUCGAGUGGCUGGGAAAAAGAUGCAGAAUCUUUCAAGGAAGUGGCUAAACAAGCAAUAGAACUUGCACACGUGUCCAUUAAAUGCAGCGAAAGCAAAACGAACCCUCAGGAGGCUGUGCAGAUGCUGACGUCAGCCCGGCUCAACCUACGUGGCCUGUCCACCAAAGCACAGCAAGUUUAUAUUGACUUUGCUUCGGGUGAAAUACAGAGCGAAGUAGCUGAUGAGAAGAAGACGAUGGACAAUUUGAUUCUGCAGCUUGAAGAGCUCGGCGACCAACUGAAGAAAACAAAGAACUGAAUCAAAUUUCAUCAAGAAAAUAACGUUGAGAAACAUUUUCUAUGAAACUUUAUUGACAUUGCAAUUGUAUUGAUUAAAUUAAAUAUUUCCUUUACAUAUUUUCAGCUCAAA